CUGCUAGCUUCCCAUAAGCCUUUCAAUGAUUGUUAGCUACACUACACUUAUACCCUACGUCAGGAUCUCAAUGAAGAUUCAGGGAAUUAUCUAUGUCUAAGUGAGGGUGAGGAUUGAGGAGCUGUGUGGAAACUGUAGAUCUAAACAUGCAGUACAUGAGCCUAUUCAUCUCAUGCUGCCAUGUAUAUAAAAAUACUUUGCUUCGGUGCUCUGUAUUUCUGUGUGCAGUUGGCUCAAGCAUUGAGGAAGUUUUAGUUAUGUUGGCUCUCAACUGCUUAGGGUCACGCCCCAACUUCCAAACUCCACGCGUUCCCCCAGCUUCAACUUCCUCCACCACCACGCCAUUUACCACCACCUUUACCAUCACUGCUACCCUCAUUCUCCUAUAAUGCUGCUGUUCAUUGGUUUAUAGAUAUAUAUUCUGUUUGUUGCGCUAUUCUGCUUCUUCCAUUCUCCUUAAUUGCCCCGUUGCCUUCCCUCUCUCCCUGCAUUGUUGUAGGUGCCAUGUAAGCACGUCUCUACGACGCAACCACCACUUCAUCAGCCACCACCAUCCCAAGUUUCCGCGUCAUCACUGUCAGGGCCAUUUCGUACAGAAACCAUGUCCCAUCUUCACUCUUGCUGACAGGCCUUGUCACAUUCUUUAUCGUCGGGGAACCCUAUCCUUUGCGCCUGCGCCAGUGUCCUCAACGCUGCGCUUGACCUAUAAGAACCCCACCCCCCCGAACUAUCAACCCAUCCUCUCGCCCCCCUCCGCCCCCGCGGCUGAGCAACAAUGGUUCCUGAGGAAAUAUACGAGAUUUGUCUGCCAAUUCUCGAAGAUGGCUCUGUCGAAGAGGAAGAAAAGGUUGAAAAGCUUGAACAUCUCCUGCGCCAGAAAGCCGCCUUGUUAGGCAGCUCUCUAGAGAACGCGAUAUUGGAUGUUCUGUGGCGUCAUCGUAGCUCCACCAAGCCUGACACCUCCCCCCCUCUCCGUCAUACAGUUAUCCGCCGCGCCUCGCCUGCCCCUUGGCAGAUCCCGCGCGCAUCUACUCCUCUCUCACCCCCUUCAAAUUCUGGAACGAGCCCCGCGGGUCCCCCAGGUUUCCCUGUUCCACGCGGAGGCUUUCCCCGGGCACCCCGGUCGCUAACCGCCUCCCCUUUUACAUCACCUCGCCCAUCCCCACGGCUUGCCCUGGCCCAGCCUAUCCCCCACAGCCCAAGCCUCAGUACCUACGAAUUUUCGGAUUAUACUUCUGGGCCCGAAAUAUACGGCGACUUCGGUAGUGAUAAUGUGGAUUGGCUGGUAAAUGAUGAUGCCAGGAGUGCUACUUCCUCAGCUGGCCUCAGCGGGGCUGCCCCAGAGUGGGCUGCGCCGCCUGAUAUGAGCCCCUAUGAUAUUCUCAGGUCCGUUCUGGGGGAUCGCAGGACUAAUGAAGAAAUUGAGCAAGCUCUCGAGGCCAAUGGAUAUGAUCUGGGCGCUACAAUCGCUGCACUCACGAGUCAAGAAAACGAAAAUGCGGUUGCCACCACUGAGGCCAGAAUAUUGGUGGGAAAAUCCAUGGCCAUGGACCAAAUGCGCCCCGUCACACCCUCUGGCCAAGCACGAAGCCCUGUAGUCUGCAAAUACUGGUUAUCGACAGGACAGUGCCUCAGGGCUGACUGUCGAUUCAGCCAUGAUUUGACCAGCCAUGUUUGCAAGUACUGGCUGCAGGGUAGCUGUCUUGCUGGUGAUGGCUGCCCUUUCUCUCACGACCCCUCGGGUCUGGUUGGAGCGCUGUCGAUAAGUGGCCACAAUGGGGCUAACAUGGGCGGUUUUAUUGAAAACACUCAACAACAACAAGCAUACCAAUUGCAGGAUAAUUACGAUUCUUUUCCCGCUCUACAACCUUCGAAUAUAGAAACCUGGUCCAAUCCCAACCCUUACCAGCGCAACAAACAUGUAGGCCAAUACCAUGGUACACCUUCCCCAAAUUUUAGGAACAAAAAUAGCGCCUUGGGUCAAGCAAGCCGCCCGCACUCGCGACCAACAAGUCGGCAUCAGCAUCGUGAACUAACCCCUGCAGCUCCAUCAGUCGACGACCCCGAAGCUUUCCCCACUCUGUCCGCGGUAAAAGGGACAGGAAAGAAACACCAUGGGAAGCGCGGCCAUGGACACCACCGCGAUCAUUCUGGGCACAAAGAAAACAACCCUUCAUCGCUCGCUGAUGUUGUUCGCUUGUCUCCAUCUCCAGCGCCGGGUCAUCGAAAGGGUACCCCGAAAUCUAAUCGUACCUCUACUACCAGUCGCGAAAAUAGUGCCGCAGCGCAAGCAAUCCCUACUCCUAAACAUAUUCCCUGGCUUGAAACUGGACACCGUGCAAAUCAACAGUAUCUGAAACAUCGCCAUGAUGCCAUUACUCAUGGCAACGUGCGGAAUAAGUUUUUGCAAAGCGCCGCACAAGCUUGGAAUCGGAACGACGCUCGUGCAGCCAAAGCUCUGUCUCUCCGAGGACAAGCUGAAAACGAGGCUAUGCGUCGUGCACAUCGUGAGGCUGCUCGGCACCUUUAUGAAGAACGAAACAAACAUCUGGAGAACACCACUGAUGACGAACUGUAUGUCGACCUUCACGGCCUGCAUCCCGGCGAGGCAAUUGAAUAUCUAGAGAAUAUCCUUCUCGAGCACGCGAAGCUUGGCCGGCGAGUUCUCUACGCCAUCACUGGCACUGGCCACCACAGUAAAAAUGGCAAGGACAAAGUGGGCAAGGCGGUCAAAGCCUGGUUAAAUGAAUGGCGAUAUGUUUUUCGUGAGUUCAGUGUCCCCGGCGAGCGUGGUGGAUAUGUUGGAGGGGUCUUGGGGAUCGAUCCGACGAGCUAUGACCGGAACGCGCUCUCAGCCAAAUCCAAUGGGGAAGGGGGUCCGUCUACGGAAGGUGGUAAAAACAACCAGGCUACGAGUGACGAGAAUUCAGCGACUGCUAACUCCGGCCUAGUCCUCACCAUGGGCAAGAUCCAGUUAUUAAAGAGAAAAGAUUCUGUUCAGAAGGAAGAGUGAUUUGUGAUUUGUUUUUGUCUUUUUAUUCCUUUUAACUACCGGUUUCGCCUAUAGAAGAAGGGGUGCUUUGGGGGAAUUACACUGUCGUCACUCCGCGUUCCGGAUCGUUCGCUCAUCCAUACUUUCGGUACAUACGAGACUGCGCUUGUUUCAACCACUCCGAAUGCUGGAUGCAGUUACUAUUGCGAUAUCUGUAUUUAGAUCAUCGAAUGCCAAUCCCCCCCAAAUUGGCACCGACACCGGAUCACGAAUGCUGAUGGGGUCGCACGUGGAGAAACGAACAAAGCAAGGGGGGGUUGGGGCUGGGAGGGUAUCUGAGCCUGAGAUACUGAACGCGAUCCAUAUAUGUACCCACCUCUAUUAGGCGCGUGCCUGUGAUAUUUUUUCCGAGUCUGAUAGUGUCUAGAGCUUAGCUUCGGGGUUUUGUUGAGCAUGAGUGGCAUUGCGCACCGUCACGGUGUCAUAGAUAUAAGUUGAAUAUAUAUCGAGAAGAAGAACACGCAAAGUCGUAUUUAAUAUUAGAGAGAUAGCUUUUUGCAAAGGUGUAAAGUUUCUUUAAGCAUAGUCCGCUUAUAAUUGUAGGAGUGGCGUGCUAAAGGUCCCCUGAGUGUCACCCAAUGUUUCGGGCGUCACGCCGGGCCUUUUACAAGGCCCGGCACAAAGCCAGCCCCACUCUUUUAGCAUCUUUCAGAGAACUCUGUCAUGCCUGA